CUGCGUCGUUCGAGUCGUCCAACGCGAUUACGCGAGGUGGGAACUCUGGUGUGACUUCGUCGAAGUAAAAGUGGCCUCUUACUACGAGUAUAAUAUUUAGCUUAAAUAAUUGCCGAUAGUGCAUAUUUCUAGUGUAAUAGUGAUUUAACAUUAUUGUUAUCCCUGGAACUAAUCCGAAAUUCGAUAAUGAAAACGUCAAGAACAGUGCUGUCAAAAUAAAGCGAAAAUAAAUAAAUAGGACUGAAAUACAACGAAGCUUAAGACGCGAAGAGUUAAAGUGAACCAUAUUGUGCUGACAUUAGUGUGACUUUGGUUUGUGACUCGCGAGUUUGAUGACCGAAUUGUUUAAAGAAAUUAUGAUUGCAUUAUAAACUCGAGUAGUGAUGAGAGUAUAGAACAUUUGUGAUUGCUGUACCUUAGAAGACCAAGAUGGACUGGAGAACUAGAAAACCAGGCCCCAAACACCGGUGAAGACGCCGAGGCCACGGCCUUUUCAAAUAGGUAAUCAUGGAGAAUAUUAAUCCAGAAUUAUCUGAAGCUGCCGAACCACAGACUUCAAACUUGCAUAGCCUCAUUGCUCCAAAGACGAACAAUAUAACAGAGAACAGCGAAAGAGAGACAUUUUCUGUAAAAGAUGAAAAAAGUAGUGACAGUGACUCCAACUGUGAGGACGUAAGUUCUAAUGACGAACAAAAUAAUGUAAAUAGUGGUACCAACUCUCAGUUUUAUGAGAGUAGUGAUAGUAAAAUAGAUUAUGCUGUAAAAUUAGAUGAUAGUGAUACUUUAAGUGAUAUAGAGGAUAUAAAAACGGACACAGCCUCCGCUGACAGUGAGGACUCUGCACUCGGUAGCUUACCUCCAGAUAGUAUAACUAAUGAGAGAGAAGAAGAGGUCCAGGAUCGUUCUGACGGCAGUGACUCAGGUCUAGGAUCAGAAACAAAUGAAGAUCAUAAGAUACCCAGUUUUAAUCUUUCUCUCCCAUGUACAAGUGGUGUAGAUAACUCAUCUAAUAAUGUGGAACAGAAAGAAGAAAGUCCUGAUCAAAUUAAAAAUGAUGAGAAUUCAGAUUUUGGUGACCAUAAAUUGGCUUCGCUACAAAUAAAAACCCCAAUCAAAAGCAGUCUCAAAAGAAAGUGUAAUGAAGAAAGUGAACAUGCACCACAGGUUAAAAGAAAGAAAGAAAACAUCAAUUUUGAUAACGUCACAGUAUACUACUUUCCUAGAGCACAAGGAUUCACAUGUGUUCCUUCUCAAGGCGGUUCAACCUUGGGUAUGGAAUGGGAACAUACUCAUAUACAACAAUUUACCUUAACAGAACAUGCAAUAGAACAAAGGCGACUACAUAGGCAAAUUUUACAACAGUUAAGAAAUGAGCGCCAUUCUAUACAAGGCGCUUCGCUUUCAUCUAGUGAAGAUAGUGAUACAGAAGAAGAAACUAGCGAUAUUUCAGAAUCUGAGUUGGAUUUAGAUAGUUACUACUUUCUGCAACCUAUACCAACACGGCAAAGACGAGCUCUGCUUCGUGCGGCUGGUGUCCGCAAAAUUGAAGCGUAUGAAAAAGAUGAAUGUAGAGAUAUAAGAACUUCACGUGAAUUUUGUGGUUGUGCUUGUAAAGGUGUAUGCAAUCCAGAAAAUUGCUCAUGUAGUUUGGGUGGUAUAAAAUGUCAAGUUGAUAGGUUAAACUUUCCAUGCGGGUGUACCAGAGAUGGUUGUGGCAAUACUACUGGAAGAAUAGAGUUUAAUCCAGUCAGGGUUAGAACUCACUUCAUUCACACACUAAUGAGAUUAGGUCUUGAAAAGAAGAAUGAAGAAAAUCAAGCAGCGGCUAAAAAGCAAUGGGCACAAUCACAUAACCCCAAUUCCGUCACAUGUAUAUCAAAUCCUUCAUAUGAUCGACAACGUUGCAUGACUCACGACGAUGGUUUGUUGCGUGAUGUUAACCUUACACCAAGAGUGGAGGUUGAAUCGUGUGUAAACGCGGGGAGCUUUAAUAAUGUUCAUUGUGAUAUGAACAACACCCCAGUUCAUAGCGGCAUGCAAGAUAAUUUGUCUUACGGUUAUAUAAAUGAUAAUUCCGUUCACAAUAGUAUAAAUGAAAAUAACAUCAUGCACUUCGAAAAUACGACUAAUCAUCACAGCCAUACAGGUCCGUAUACUUCGAGUAUACUUCAAGGAAAAGGACCACCUUAUGGUGCAGCUAACGCUAUAGGGUAUAAUGCUAUGUCUAACAAUAUGCAAAGGUUUCAAUGUGAUAUUAAUUACGCGUAUGAUCAACAUACAGAAAACCAUCACUUAAAGACCUUUCCAAGCUAUCCUGCUUCCAGCUUUGAAGAAUUUGCUCACAAUUCACAAAUGACCAUGUUUAGUCAUUAUGGCCAUAUGUAUGUUCCUGAGUAUAUGCAUAAACCAAAUGUUAAUAUAAAUGAUCAUAAUUCUUUACAAUAUCAGCACACCAUGUCUCAAAGUCAUUAUAAUGCGUACAAAACUCCUAUAGAGAGUACUAAUACAGAAACUAAAAACGAGUCUCAAUACACUACAUUAAUAUCAUCGCCGUAUCAAACUAGUAAUAAGUUGCAAAGCGGUGAGCACGACGAAAAUUGGUACAGUCACAAUACUCUGCUGACCUUGGAUCAUACGGACCAUGCUACUCAAGAUGCUUCAGAUAGUCAAACUCCAGGCCUAGAUGUGCCCGCUGAAAAUUCCGUUUCAGAAACCACUGAGAAUUUUGGAGAAUUAAUAAAAAAAACUAUGGUAGAAUCUGUUACUGUGUAGAUGAAUUACUUGUUGUCUUUUAAUCGUAAUAUUGAAUUAUAAUGUUAUUAAAUUUUUAAUUAUAUUAAUUGGAACUUCAAAGCGUACUUUUAACUAAAUA